AACCCUGCGAUAUAAACAGGGGAUGGGUGCUGCAUCAGCGGACGGCUAGCUUACUUCAUCAACCGGCAAUUUCACCCAUAUCUUUUUUUGCUGUAAUAACACAUGCAUCGUAGAAAAUGAACGGACUUGGCGGUGCAUUUUUGGCCGGUUGAAUUGGUUGUCUUGCAUUGUGCAGAAUGGAAAACAGGUGCCAAGAGAAGCAGGAAACAAUGUUGUUAUUAGCCAGUUAGCUAACGUUAGCGCAGCUAGCUGUUAGUUAACGUUAACUGCAUCAAAUUAGUGGGCUGAGUUAGCCGAGCUAACUCAGCCCACUAAUUUAAACGGGCACGCACAAAUACUCUGGAUUGUUUGCUGCCUAACGUUAGCUACUUGGAUAGAUUUACUUAGUGACAGGUUUUUCCAGUGACAUACUAAUUUGCUUUCAGCGUUUACCCAUUCUCUGCUGUGAACCAAGCUAACUAGCUAACCAGCUGUGUCUGCUGUGGUGUCACUGCAAUCUGUUGGCUGCCCAAGUCAUAUUGCAAAUACAAGCUUUACUAUUGUUUAACUGUCAAGCGGAGGACAGCCAUGGCUCACGAAGCGUUUCCUCUGCAUUUUCUGGUCUGGAACAAUCAGUAUCUGGAGCUUGAUCGAGAGCUGCAGAAGAAGGAGCAGGAUGUGGAGCGCCUGGAUCCGAGGGGGCGCACCCCGCUGGAGCUGGCUGUGUGUUUGGGCCACCUGGAGUCAACCCGGGUGCUGCUCAGACACUCAGCAGACCCGACACACUGCAACGGACAGGGCUGGACCAUCUUGCAGGAGGCGGUGAGCACCGGGGACCCUGAGCUGGUUCAGCUGGUGCUUCAGUACAGAGACUUCAAGCGUGCCACAGAGAGACUGGCAGGCAUCCCAGAGCUGCUCAGCAAACUAAGACAGGCGCGGGACUUUUAUGUGGAGAUGAAGUGGGAGUUCACCAGUUGGGUGCCCCUGGUGUCAAAGGUGUGUCCCAGUGACGUCUACCGGGUGUGGAAGAGCGGCUCAUGCCUCCGUGUGGACACCACCCUCCUGGGCUUCGAACACAUGACAUGGCUUAAAGGACGACGCAGCUAUAUCUUCAAGGGUGGAGAUGAUGGGGCGGUGGUGAUGGAGGUGGACCACGAGAAGCAGGUGGUGUACACAGAACCGCUCGUGUUGUCCCCUCGUGACGCGCCCUCCCUCCUGGCAGCCAUGCAGCCGUCGCAGGAGAACACAGCACAGAGACUGACGUCGCCCAUCGUCUCCACGCACCUCAACACACGCAACAUUGCCUUUGAACGGAACAAGUCGGGAAUCUGGGGCUGGCGUUCAGAGAAGAGCGAGAUGGUCAGCGGGUACGAAGCCAAGGUUUACAGUGCUACCAAUGUGGAGCUGGUGACUCGGUCAAGGACAGAACAUCUAUCAGACCAGGACAAGUCAAGAAGCAAAGGCUCAAAGACUCCUUUGCAGUCCUUUUUGGGGAUUGCUGAACAGCAUACAGCUCACAAUGGGAGCAAUGUGUCCCAGUGUGCCAGUCCUCACAACCCCACAGCCAUCACAGCUGACGAGUACUUCAACCCAGAGUUCAACCUGAAUGGCCGAGACAUCGGACGUCCCGUCGAGCUUACAAGCAAAGUCCAGCGGUUUAAAGCGACCCUGUGGCUGAGUGAGACUCAUCCUCUGUCCCUGGCCGAGCAGGUGACGCCCAUCAUCGACCUCAUGGCCAUCUCCAAUGCCCACUUUGCCAAGCUGCGUGACUUCAUAACCCUACGCCUGCCGCCAGGCUUCCCUGUCAAGAUAGAGAUUCCCCUGUUUCACGUGUUGAACGCCAGAGUGACGUUCAGUAAUCUGUGCGGCUGCGACGAGCCGGUCAGCUCUGUGACGGUUCACAAGCCCGAGAGCUCCGGAGAAGCUGGUCAGUCUCUCCAUCCCUUCCACUGUGAGGUGGACCCCUCGGUGUUUGAGCCCCCUCCAGACUACACCACUCUCGGUCCGGGCCGCAGCGAGCCAAUGAGGGACGAGGAUGACAACCUGCUACAGUUUGCCAUCCAACAAAGCCUGCUGGACGCCGGCACAGAGAGUGACCAGGUGACCAUCUGGGAGGCCCUGACCAACAGCCGCCCGGUGCCCCAGUCUCCACUGUAUGAGGAAGACUCUCAGCUGGAGAGGGCGAUCCAGGAGUCCCUGUCCAUCUCACUGGCCAGCAGAGAGGGCGAAGACACAGCCGACCCCAGCCAGCCCUCCUCUAUCUCCCCGUUGGACCCCACCGCCAAUUCCCCGCUCUCCUACAGCACGGUGACCGACCCGCGGUUGUCGGGACACUUUGGUGUGGCGUCGAGCUUUGAUGAGCAACUGCGUAUCGCCAUGGAGCUGUCAUGUAGGGAGCAGGAGGAGCUGGACAGGAAGCAGAAGGAGGAAGAAGAGGAGCUGGAGCGGAUCCUACAGCUGUCACUCACCGAGAAGUAAUGUCACAAUAGCAGCAAUGGAGGCGGGUCUUCAUUGGGGAACAAUCCUCUUAAAUUAUUGUUUUAUUUUUAUUUUUAUUUUUUUAAAUCCUGAGAUAUUAAGUUAUUGCAGAUAUUUUAUUUGUCUUUCUCACAUGAAGGCUGCUACAGGAGAGCAUAAAGGACCAGAAUAUAAGAAAUGAGUGUGAGUGACACAUGUGGGAGGUAUUAAAUAAGAAGAGGUACUCUGACACACACUACAUGAAGGAGGAGACAAAAGGGAGAGUCUUUGUUUUUCUUUUUUUAUUGACUAUUUUUCACAGACUUGCUGUCUCUAUUGAGUGAUAAAUGAUCCUUAAACUUUAAACCUAUAACAUGAUCCAUGAUGAUGAAAAAUAUGAAAAUACAAUUUUAAUGGAAUAACUUAUAAAAACUAUGAUUAUAACAUUUGAAACAUUUAUGUUGGCUUACUCCUAAGUGUGGAAAAUAAAGAAUAAUGAUAAAUCUUGA